CAGUACCUAACCUAAUCUUUUUCAUACUGUUUCAACGAAAUGAAUCGGUUUCCAUCUUUUCAUAUUUUCAAACUACCUAACCUACCUAGGUAGAUAGGCAGGUGAACCAAUUAUAUGCCAUCCUCUGACAUGCCGUCGAACUACCACUGUUCACCCCCCGACGAGUUCGGGGGCCGAAUCUUGGGCAGCUCUGGGUCUUCCACCGCCCCAGUGACCAUUGUUGAGAGGAGAGCCUUGUGAUAAAAGUCACAAUGUCGGUAAGGGUGUAAUAGUAGACGUAAAAGAUGGAUGGCUCUUUAAGAUGAGUACCGUUUAUGUCACACAUAAUCGGAUACUGUUCCCGAUGCAUCGACGGAUCGGGAUGCGGAUCGGCUUAUAAACUAUAUCAGGCUAUCUUCUCCCCCAACCACCCCGAAACAAGAAACGACAGUAUAGUCGCCAGCUGCCCGGGAGCCAUCGACGGCUGCGAUUUUGCUGGUGUUAUCGUAGCAAUCGGCGCCACCGUGUUCGAGUCCAGGUCCUUUCGAGUCGGGGACCGAGUUUGCGGGGCCGUGCAUGGGUCCAGCCCUCUCCGAGCCAACGCUGGAAGUUUCAGCUAUAAAGAUUCAAGUCAUCUCCGACAUCGUUUGCGCAUGGUGUUAUAUUGCUAAGCGCAACCUCGACACGGCCAUGUCUCUCUACCGAAAGACAUAUCAGAUGGAUCUCAUGAAGCUGUUUAUCAAAGUGAAAGAGGAGCAAUCAGGUUGAGUGGCAUCACUGGUCCAAGUUUGUAGACUAAAUAGUCUUGACGAAUCAAUGCUCACUGAAAG